GUCACGGAAGACCUCGUUGAGCAAAUUGCAUUUGGAGACGGUGGCUUCCACGUCGAACGGCUGGAAGAGGCGCGGGUAGCGGCGAACGGCCGCUACGAAGUCCGUGUCAAGUGGCUCGGCUUGGACGCCGAAGAAUCGUCAUGGGAGCCGGUCGAGAACCUGCUCGAAGACAUCCCUGUCGUGCUGCGCAAGUGGUGCGCUGCCCACAAGGACGAAGAUCAUGUCGCGGACAUGAUGGCCAACCUAGGUCUCCCUUAGGAGAGGGAAGUGUUCUGCGCUGCAGAGCAGUUGGGUCGCCCGAUCGUUUGACCCACUGCAAACCACGGUAGCUAUCUAGUACCGUGGUGCUAGUGGCACUGUGGAUGACCUAGUUGUAUUACUAUUAGGAUGCUAGUCAGUGGCCACGUAGCUCGUGGCCCCUCAG